CAUUUUUAACAACAUGCAAAGAUUUUUCCUUAAAAUCUUCCAUUUAUAUAUACAGGAAUCAUAAUCCGCAUCAAAACCCCUGUCACUACAUCAAGAAAAUGUUGACAUUUUCUGCACCAAUUUCUUUGCUUUGUAAACUGCCUCCUCAAGUGAAAUUUACGACCAAAGAUAAGUGAAGAAAACCAGGAUCAGUCCAGAUGAAACUUUCAGAAUACCCCAAAAAUGGUCCAGCGUUGAGAUCUUUAUAAGCCCAGGAUUUCGAUUUUAAAUCAAACCCAAAGAUAGUCACAGUGGAUAAAUUCCUUGCCUCCCGAAAUACGAUGGAUGCCCAAUAGGCCUUAGUACCACCUGAGAGAGACCCUUCCACCUGAGAAAUAUUCGAUUUCACAGUGAGUUUUGAGUUACAAACUUCACAACUCACAAGCAACAAACCUUGUCAAUUCCCCCCAAGAAAAAGAAAAAAAAAAAAAAAAAUCCUUCUCUUAUUUUUUGUUUUCAAAAUGAAUUCAGUAAGUAGCAGUAGCCAAUUGAAGAUCCACCUUCCACAUUUCUCGGAGCCCCACUCACGAAAUGUCUCCGAUACACGAAAACUUCAGCUCCCAUUUUCUUCUUCUUCAUUUCCAACUCUGUAUUUCUCGCGGUCUCUAGGGUUUCCAUUUCGCUCUGAUUUUAAUUUCGCACAUUGGAGCAGCACAAGGUUUGUAAUCAGCAAGUGUGUAAAUGGGAAAUCUUCGGAUCCUCUGGAACCGGGUUCGGGUCUAAACGAUGCAACCGGACCAGCUCAGGUGCCUAAACAAAAGGACAUUUCUAUUGUGAAGAUCUUGAAGGAAUCAAAUUCCCUUUUGCCUCAUGUAGUCCUUGCUAGUACACUGUUGGCUCUUGUCUAUCCGCCUUCUUUUACAUGGUUUACCACCAGGUACUAUGCACCUGCAUUGGGGUUUCUAAUGUUUGCAGUAGGGGUUAAUUCCAGAGAGAAUGAUUUCCUUGAAGCAUUCAAGAGACCAGCAGCUCUUUUUGCUGGUUAUGUUGGCCAAUUUGUUGUGAAACCUCUGCUAGGAUAUUUUUUUGGCAUUAUCUCAGUCACACUUUUUGGUCUUCCAACCUCCAUCGGUGCUGGGAUUAUGUUGGUUUCUUGUGUUAGUGGGGCUCAGCUCUCAAGUUAUGCUACUUUUCUCACAGACCCACAAAUGGCCCCUCUAAGCAUUAUUAUGACAUCAUUGUCUACUGCUACUGCAGUAUUUGUCACACCAAUGUUAUCACUCUUGCUCAUUGGAAAAAGACUUCCUGUUGAUGUAAAAGGAAUGGUGUUUAGCAUUACGCAGAUUGUAGUUGCACCCAUUGCUGCAGGCUUGCUAUUGAAUCGGUUCUUCCCCAAGAUCUGUAAUGCUAUUCGGCCAUUUUUGCCUCCACUAUCAGUAUUAGUGACAGCUCUUUGUGUUGGAGCCCCACUUGCGAUUAACAUCAAGUCUCUUCUAUCUCCUUUCGGAGCAACCGUUUUGUUCCUCAUUGUUGCAUUCCAUUUGUCAGCAUUCAUAGCUGGUUAUGUCUUUACUGGUUUAGUGUUCCAUAAGGCACCUGAUGUGAAAGAGCUGCAAAGAACACUUUCCUAUGAGACAGGUAUGCAAAGCAGUCUUCUGGCCCUUGCACUUGCAAAUAGGUUCUUCCAAGAUCCACUUGUGAGUGUGCCUCCCGCAGUCUCGACUGUAAUCAUGUCUUUAAUGGGCUUCUCUCUUGUGAUGAUUUGGGCUAAGAGGAAAGAAUAACAGUAUGAUAAAACAGAACUAUGAGUGACGUAUCGGAACUUUGUCCAUCCGUCAUCCUCAAGUGAAUGGGCAGUGUAGAAGCUGUCAUGGAGCACUUGAAGAUGGGACCUUCCACUAGCUUUUGUGCUGGCUACAGGAGGAUCUAAGAAGGAAUUGAUUUUAGAAAAUAUGGAUUGGCACUUUGGUUUGUUCGAAUCAGAUUCUGAUUUUAGGCAGUUGCAGAGCAGUUUCUUUCUCCAAUUGUUAGGAGCCUUUUGUAGUUAUUUUGUGAAGACCUGGGAAAAGCUUCAUUCUUAAGGAAGAGCAUAUCAAAUUGCUUUGUGAAGACAUUGGGGUAAUUCUUUGUGCUUAAAAGAGCAUAUCAGUGUCAGCUGUGCGUGUGUGCAGGUGUGUCGGUGUUAUGGACUUUUUGCUAGUUUCUCCAUAAACAUCGAUUUAGAGUAACUUUUGUCAAUAUUACUUCACUUAAUAACUUUAUAUAAUUUUAAUUUUUAAUUUUUAAUUUUUAUAA